GUUUUGCACAAUGGAGGGAGCACAAUUGUUGUUUUUGUAAAUGCAGCAAGUGAUAAGUGCCAGAAUUUUACGCCAAAUUAAAGAAGAAAGAUUUAUUGAGCGGGAAUAAGUAGUAAUAAAAGACAAAUUGAAUGUGACCCAAGUGAUAAGAAAAUUCCCUCCAAGGUGUGCUAACAAUAUCACAAUACCAAGAAUUGUUAAGAAUCAACAGCAUUCAUAUGCAUAUACGCAGUUGUACAUCGAGACCAUAAACAACCAACUGUUAACGCCAUUGGAGGCUACUUUGUGUCAAAUAUUUUAAUAUUUUCCAAUUUGGAGAAUGUUAAGGUAUGAUACGAUGGACGAUGACCAGCGUGGCUUGGUCCAUAAUGAGCAACCCACUGCAGUCAAUGACGACGAUGAUGAUGAUUAUGCGGGUGGUUUUGUGGCCGGCGGGGGUGGCGGCCCACAUGAUGUGGAGAUAUUACCCGCAGGAGAAAACGACUUUCACAAUGUAGAACUUCAUAGCCACAUUCAAAUUUCAGAUGCUCCACCCGACAAAUGGAACUAUACCUAUUUGGUGUUCUACUUUCUAGGGACAGCGACAAUGACACCGUGGAAUUUCUUCAUAACGGCAGAGGAUUACUGGAUGUAUAAAUUUCGCAAUACUACACUGAAUGAGUCUACACAUGCCGAAGAGGAAUUGACGCCGAUGCAAAAAAGUUUUUCCUGCGACUUAACCCUAACAGCUUCAAUAUCGGGCACUACCUUUUUAAUACUCCAUGCAAUCUAUGGCCAAAAAAUUUCAUUGCGUCUGAGAAUGCAGGGAACGCUUGUCUUGAUACUGGUGAUAUUUAUGUUAACGGCUGGAUUUGUGGAGACAAACACAGAUAAAUGGCAGGAACAAUUCUUUCUAAUAACUUUGCUCACCGUGGUCAUUAUUAACAUUUGCUCCGCAACAAUGAGUGGAGCGCUAUUUGGUAUUGCUGGCCUGUUUCCUUCAGAAUAUAUGACGGCUGUUGUAAGCGGGCAGGCGCUAGGAGGAAUUUUUACUGCAUUAACAUUUCUUAUGGUCCUGGCUUUCGGCGCUGCUCCAAAUACAACUGCUUUUAUAUUUUUCUCCAUUGGCAUUGCUUUGAUUUUUCUUAAUAUCAUCUGCUAUGCGAUUGUGGAGAGAAAGAAUUUCUUCAAAUACUAUGUGGAGGGUGGGGAUAAAUUCAAAAUAGUCUAUGACGAUCCUACGCACAGUCGAAUGGUCGAUAGAGGUGUGGCGCUUGAGCCAAAUAUACGAGAUGUGUUAAGUAAAAUGUAUGUGCACGCUGUGACGAUAUUACUGCUCUACACUACCACGCUUUCUGUGUAUCCUUCGGUGACUAUACUGAUGCAGUCGCAGGACUAUGGCAAAGGCAAAGCCUGGAAUGAUAUUUAUUACAUGCCAGUGGUUAACUAUCUGUUCUUCAACUCCGGUGACUAUCUUGGUCGCAUUAUAUCGGGUAUUUGGGGAAGACCUCGAAAAAACGUUCAUACGGUUUUACUUAUGGUCCUUCUACGCAUGAUUUAUUUACCAUUGUUUUUAUGUUCAAACUCAACUCAACACAUUUUCUUGCCAGUUAUCGUGUCCUCUGAUGUGGCUUUUAUUUUUAUGAUGCUUACAUUUGCCAUAUCCAAUGGUUACAUUACAAAUAUACUUCUAAAUAUGGUUCCCAGGUAUUUGAUUUUCUGUCGUAAACAACGAAUUAUUCAUCUAUUUUGGUUUUACUUCAGGUGUGUUAUGCAGCAUGAAAAAGAAAUGGCAUCCUCCAUAAUGGCAGCAUCUCUAAGUUGUGGUCUGGCCAUAGGUUCUAUGAUAACUAUGCUGUUUGUACAAAUGAUAUAGUCAAUGGCUACAUAUAUUCAUAUCCAGCGUGCCUUUUUAUCUCAUGUGGAGACUUAAUAAUGUAUUUUUGUUGUUAGAAAAAUCGCAAUCCUCGGUGAGGUGACUCCUCACAAAUUAGCCUUAAGUAUGACUAUAUAGUAAUAUUUUUUUACUCGGUUCGAACAAAGACAAAAGUAUGACAAAGACAAUGGGUAUGAACUCGUCCCAAUUCGUUGAAAUGUAUAGCAUCACUGAGAUAUGUAUUUUGUGCCACUAUUUUCUGUUAUGUUUUUCCAUACUUUGUUAAGGCAUAGGCUUAACGAUUUGUUUCACUAGGAAAUAUAUGAAGUCUUCCAGUUCAUAAUAGUAUUUCUUCACCUUCAAAUCGUUAGGUUUACCAUUCCUGCCUCUUAUACAAUGAAUUUUUAUAAAUUAUAGACAAUUGGUUAGAAGAAAUAAUUUUGAAUUGACAUAACAAUCGACCAAGUGCAGAUAAAUUUAUAGCAACAGUAAUUUUUUGUACGUUUUCUUAUUUCAAUAUUUAUUAUUGCAUACUAUUUUA